AUGAAUAAUUUAGCUAGUAUGGAUCCAUAUUUUGAUGAUGAAGAUGAAGAGAAUGAAGAAAUUUAUCGACGUUUGUUGAGAAAUCGCGAAACAUUACCGUCGUGUGAUACGACAACUUUACCAUAUUCAUCCUUUUCUCAACCAUGCAUACUAUGUUCGAGAGUAGAAGCAGAAAAUAUUCUAACGAAAACAUCUAAUGUUCAACCUGGCCAUUUUAUAAUUCGUCCAAGUGCGCAUACCAAUUAUCCUUAUUCGUUGACUGUCUUGUUUAAUAAUAAAAUUAUUUAUCAUUUUCAAAUUUGUCAAAGCUCAAAUAAAUACAGUAUAGAACCUUAUGACAAAAUCGAUUUGUUAACAUCGAAAGUAUUUUGUUCAUUGUCAAAUUUGGUUGAAUAUUAUUUAACACAUCCAAUUAUAUUUCAAGAUGAUGAUAAUAAACGGAAUUCAAUUACUUUAAAAUUAUAUCCAAUGAUCGAAUUAACACGACUUUAG